AUGGCUCGAAUGGUUCCACUCUCCGUCCUCGCCCUUCUCGCACUCUUGUCAACCUUCUCGCACCCUCGCACAGCACUAGUCGCCGCCGUCUCAGACAGACGGCAACUAGCGACACCAGCUGCCGACAGCUUUCAGCUGACCGGCGACUCCGGUUUUCACGACGGCGAGUACGACGGUUUAGACGACACGGGGCUGCUGAAUCUCUCUGAGGCGGAGCAGGCAGACUUUCUGCGCCAGUCCGAAGCUGAAGAGUCCGACUUCCUGCAGUACGAUUCCGAAAGUGUGCCGAUUCAGCCCAACAACGCGCAGCGCGCGGCCCUUCUCUCACUCAAGACCGCCUGGGGCUCCGAUUUUUUCAAGGCGGAAACGUGGUCGGAUGCGGAAGGGGAGCACCAGUGGUGGGGGGUUACUGUAGACUCUGAAGGUGACGUCGUGGCCUUGGAGUUGCCGAACGCGAAUUUGGAAGGCGAAAUUCCCGAGGAGCUGACGAAGUUUCAUGAUCUCGCGACGCUGGAUUUGCGUGGGAACAAGCUUACUGGAAGCAUCCCUGAAGGAAUAUUUUCCAGCUUGCCUUCACUGCAGGAUAUCUACUUGAGCGAUAAUCUGCUGCAAGGGAAGGUUCCCUGGAUCGAGUUCUUUUACUCUAAUGAAUCCAAGGUGUCGACUCUCAGGCUUGAUGGGAAUAGGUUUUCGGGCAAGAUUCGUCCCAAAGCUUUCGAUAACGCGACUUCACUUCAGGCUCUCUUUUUGGGCAACAACAAGUUCUACGGGAAGAUCCCACGGAGUCUCGGCAGCUGCAAAGAGAUAUCCGUCAUCGAUUUGAAGAACAACGAGUUUUCGGAUCUGAUGCCGACUACUAUCGCCGAUCUUCCCGGCCUUGAAGUGUUGGACGUUAGCGAGAACAAGCUGACCGGACCGAUUCCCAACUUCCUCGGGCGACUCCCCAGUUUAGUCAACCUCGACUUAAGCAAUAAUCAGUUUUCUGGCCUUGUACCGGAUUCAUUCAAACUGUUUUCGCACAAGGCGCGCGCGGUGAAAAUUGGAGACAACUUUCUGACUGGGCCUCUGCCUCAGUUUCCCCGCUUCUCUAAAGGCUGCGGCAUUAACGGUGUAGGAGGCUUGGACACCACAUCGUGUUACAUGCUUCGGUCUCUUUUGGAUUUUGAGGGCAACUUCUUUUACGGAAAUUACUCGCUGGACAUUCAGCUGCCCGGCUCGGAGAACCUUCCUGCCAUGUCAACAGUCUGCCCGUACGAGUACCCUGAAAGCAUCUACGUCAACGAUAACUGCCUGAGCUCCACGGAUUUGUGCGAAGUGGAGAAGCAGCGGCCACCUAAGGAGUGCGAUGAGUUUUGCGGGACUGGCAGUCCCGAGGGGCAGUGCGGGGGAAAGGGGGUGGUAUCGAAGCACCUGAAGUCGAUAGAGGAUGGAUCCGACAGCAAGAGAGACCACACAGAUGACGUCAACAUGGCACUCAUCGACCAGGUUCACAAGCUGAGCCUGCAGGUGCAGCAGCUCUCCACCAGCUCUCGACCAAUCACAGUCGUCAACGCUCCACCUGCACAAGAACGAGGGGGGAGCAUUGUGGGAUAUGUGAUACCUGUGGCAGUCAUUGGUGCGGCAGGUUAUGGAGUCAUGUGGUGGAAGGGCUGGCGAGUGAGCGAUCUCAUGUACGUGACCAGGAGGGGCAUGGACCAGGCGGUGAAGCUCAUGGGGGCGAAGGUGACGGAGCUGCAAACAGCCCUUGAUACGGCCAAGAAGCAGUUGGCUGGGCGGCUGGAGGGAGUGUCCAAAUCGGUGGCAGAGGGGCUGAAGAUGCAGGCGAUAAUAAAGAAAGAUGUUAUUGAGGUGAAGGGGGUGGUUACCAGUGUGAGUCGAGACCUGGACAACAUGCAUGGGCUGGUGGAGGGCAUGGAUACCAAGCUCGCAUCGCUCGAGCAGAAGCAGGACAUUGCCACACGGGGAGUGCUGCUGCUGUGCAGUUUCGUGAGCAGAGGGCUGCAGGGCAACCCCGGCAACCAGGAGCUGCUGAAGGGCCUGGCGGACAUGUCACAGAUGGCCGUGCCUCAGCUUGCCGCGGGGAAGGGCGCGCCAGCAGGGGGGGCAGUGGGGCUAUCAGGGCUGAAGGAGCUUGAAUUCAUCUCGUCUGCUUUGGAAUCUUCCGUGCACCAUACAG